AUGUCAGAAUCUACAACAACAAAAACAGCAAUAAAUUUAACUCCGUCUAUUCGUUCUGUUGCUGAUCAAGCUUCAUCAAUAAUUUCGUCCAAUCAAAAUGAUACUAUUAAUAUGGAAAAAAAUUUAAAUUCUUUUAAACAAAAAUCAAAUCAACGUCGUUCAAGUUCAUCAAGUGUUUUAUCAAGUUCAUAUUCAACCGAUUCUGUAUCAUUAUUUACGGCUAAUCAAGAUAAAGAUGAUGAAGAUGGAAGUAGCAAUGACGAUACAAAUGAAGAAUGGGCGAAUUUUCAAGAACGUCUCAAUACAGUAAGACUAUUAAUGCAUAGUCAUUCAUUAUCAUCAUCAGACGAUACUUCAAUAGCAGUUUUUCCAAUAUCUGAAUGUCAAGUAUGUCUUGAAGAAUCAUCCAUUCGUCCAUUAUCAUGUUGUUCAUCAACUGUUUGUUCAACAUGUAUUUAUUCUCAUUUAUCUUCACAUAUAACUGAAGCUAAAAUUCGUAUAUCAUGUCCAUCAUGUCCACAUAUAUUUACUCGUGAAGAAAUUUUAUCAUUAUUAUUAGAACAAGAUCAUAAUGGAGAAAUAGCUGAACGAUAUAAACGUUUUUAUGCAGAUAUUAAUCGUGAACCACAUAUAAAAACUUGCCCACAAUGUUGUGCAAUAAAAGAAAUUGAUAAAAAUUUAUUUCAAGGUGUUCGUUGGAAAAAAAAUAUUCCACGACAAGUUACUUGUAAUGAAUGUCAAUUUGAAUGGUGUUUUUAUUGUCAUGCACCAUGGCAUAAUAAAAUGACUUGUAAAGAAUAUCGUGAAGGAGAAAAAUUACUUCGAACAUGGGCAGCACAAACUGAUAAUAAUCAACAAAAUGCUCAACAAUGUCCACGAUGCAAAGUAUAUAUAUCAAGAAAUGGUGGUUGUCCACAUAUGAUUUGUUCGAAAUGUCAUUGUGAUUUUUGUUACAAUUGUGGUAAAAGAAGAUAUGGAAUGAAAUUUUUAGGUUCACAUGAAAGUCGAUUUUCUCCUUUUGGAUGUAAAUAUAACUUAUAUCCAGAUAAACCAAUUUUACGUUAUACAGUUCGUGGAUUAGUUGCUGGUGCUGCUACAUUGGCUGCUCCUGUAGCAGCUGUUGGUGCUGUUGCAUUAUUAGCUGUAGGAACCACAAUUGGAGCACCAACUUAUGGAACAUAUCGUUUAGUUAAACAUAUACGUAGUAAAAAACGAACACGUCGUUCAAGAAGUCAAUCAGUAGCAUCAAGUAUCACUGAAGAUAAUUCAAAUGUGACUGAAGAUAAUUCAAAUAUAACUGAAGAUGAUGAUUUAAAUCGAGCAAUUGCAGCAAGUUUACAAACAUAUAAAGAAGAAAAAGAGAAACGAGAAGAAAUAUUAAAAAAUCAAGUAGCUGAAAUUGAUGAUGAGAGUUUUGAAUAUUAA